AUGGCUCGUUGCCGCUCUCUCACAAUCCAAGAGGGUGUUCCGGACACCGGAACGGACAAUAUACUAUCCAUGCUGGGCGCUGGAUUGUACUCGCGGACACUAUUCCUACACCUCGAACAGCCAACUUUGGAGCGACGUCAUUCCUCUACCUCGCCAGCGUCCACGAGGCACAUCUCUCCGGAGAUCAACGAGCUGCCCGAAAUUUACGCUCCUAUCCUAACUUCUGCAUAUCUCAAGAAAACGUUGAUUCCUAUCCCCCCGUCUCGUUUAACAUAUCUUCGGUUGGACUUUACCAGUACCCAAACCAUCGAAACCCCCUACAAUCUUGCCCAGUUCUGGAAUAUACGAUCGGAGCUAAUCUUCGUCAAACCGCUACUGAAAGCAGCGAAUGCCCACACCUUGACCGGGAUAAGUAUCUCUGAAGAUCAUCUCGAAUCUCGAUGCGGGCUUGGUCUACUGGCUCCCGGCUCGAGAUGCCACUACGACGAGGAAUACGUGUGGUUCGGGCCCUUCGCGGAUGGUCAUAGCGAGCGUCUGCUGCUCGAGAUCGAGCAAGCCGGUUGUCAUCCGCCCCACCUAAGAAACAUUUUCUUCAUAGUCGCCAACAGCAUCAAUUGUGACGCUAUAGAAACACUCGACCUUGAGAUAACGGCAGAAUACGCGGUUGCGGCAUGGCUCGUGCAUUUCAAACCAUUCCAGAACGUCGCGACUCUUCAUGUCGACGAUAUGGCCAGAACGACAGUUCUAGUGGCCCUGCGGGCGUCAGGAUCAUUUCCGCCUCCGCUCCCGCGCUUGCACUGGCAGUUCCUCUGGAUAUCAGCCCUUGAUCUUCAAGAACGACCGUCGCAGGUCGAUCCUCCCGGCGCAUCUGACGAUGAUGCUUUCGAUCCAUUUGCGUAUCAACUCGUUGAUCAUGGAUCCUCUUGCGAGUUGCUACCGCGCUUAACGGCGCUUGUGCCGCUUGUGGAAGUGCUGGAGACGCUUGCUGAGCCUCCGCGCACUACAGGUGUGCAGAACGGAUAG